GUUAGUCCAUCGAUGGCGCUGUUGUAGCGCCUUCGGCGGUAAAAUGGAAACCUUGAUUGAAUUUCUGGACAAAUAGUUCUGACUAUUCUCUUGUUCAAAGAAUAAGUUUGCCUGCUUUCUACUCCCUCAAAGUGUACUGGGCCAUGUUCUAUCAAGAGGGUUGAACUAUCUAAGCGCCUGUAUAUUGCAGACGCCUGUACAGCAUAUCUGAUCCAACUUAUUGAGACCUCGUUGCACUUUCUAUAAAGGCACUUUUACCAACUAUGGAACAUGGUGGGAACACGUUGGCCAUGACAGCCAUGGGUACGAGUGAUGAUCGAUGAUGACCCUAGCCAAGAUGCAACAGCCAUUCUCCAAUUCGCGAUACCGACGGCGGGUUCGGGAGAACUCGGUACAAUAUGUACAACUAUAAUUCGACCACCACAGCCCUCAAGACGCAAGCAAAUCCUACAUCUUAUAAGUAUCGUAUGUGAGUCAUCAACGAUUGGCGGCUCAUCAGUCUCUUCAGAUCCCCCACUCAAUCUACGCAGUCUCAUGUCCGAACAAGAAGUCGCUGGUCUCCUCUGGAAUAACUAUGUUUCCGUGCCAGUAUUUACCGUGAUGUCCUAUGAGUACCUCCUUCUGUUGGACAAGGAGGUUAAAUAUGUCUGGGGACGACCAUGGUCAAUAAUGUCAUUCCUGUACCUCGUUGUUCGAUAUUUUGGUCUUUUCUUGGCACUGUUGUGCGGCUUAUGGGGAGGGCUGUUGUACAUGCCUGAAUCAAGCCAAUUCUCACUCGUCAUUGUCCUCUUAUAUAGCUGCAAGUAUAUCGGCUAUGGUCUUGUCGUUCUGAUUGAAUGGGGUUUUUCAGUGUAUUUUUGCUUUGCGGAAGCCAUUCUCAUAUGGCGCCUUUACGCACUAUGCAACCAAUCCAAGCUCCUACUUUAUGUUCUAGUGGGAUUAUUUUUGCCUAUCGUCGCCCUCUCAAUCGGGACAGACAUCUAUCUAUACAGUCGACGCAACGUGUUCUCAGUGAAAGAAAUCAUAACUCCGCACGCCAAGUACUGCACUCUUUCCUACAACAUCGGGCCUAUGCCUGCAAUCUAUACUUCCAUCCCCAUUGUGUGCUAUGAUGUCUUAUUAGUGGUUCUCGCGGCUGCCAUCCUCGUGAGGCACCUUAGGCAACAGAGGGGAUUCCAAAUGAGGGCUAAUACCUAUAUGGUUAUGAUCGUCCGGUAUCAUAUCAUGUACUUUGCCCUGAAUUUGACAAACCAAAUCUUACUGGUUAUAUUGUGGGCUCAUAUUCCGACCCCGGCGAUGAGUCUCUCAGAGCUUUUCAACGAUACCGCGCCAUUUAUUCUCGCGCCCCGUCUUAUCAUCAGUAUUUGGGAUACACAUGCCCAGGAUAAUUGCGCGGAAGUCAGUAAACCGUUCGAGGAUUGUGUAUGUUGGACUUCUCCACCGAGGUUCGACUCGGAGCAGCAAGAGAUGGACUCCGUUGUCGUAUAAUUCUGGCAUGCUGGUUCCUCAGUAUGAAGAAAAAGUGAUCGGGGUCGAGUGAGGCAAAUUUAUGAAUGAAUAACUUACAGUUUUGUGUAGCGCCUAAUAGUGUGGUUACUAGUUAUACACGUAUAUCCCUUCCGGUGCAAUUAGCACCCUUCAGCACCCCACAGUAGUCGACACUUUCACAAAACUUGUAUUUCUAACUACUUAAAUUAUUAACUUAGAUAGCAUUCUCUCGCUAACACAAUUCAUAAAUAUUAUAGAGUUUGAACGGCCAA